CGCGUCGCCCUCCUAUUCCUGCAUCCCCGCGCGGACUUUUCCACUUCCUCCCGACCCCAAACCUCUUGGCGAGCGUGGCUCGAGGCGUUGGAGAUCCACUCUUUCCCCUCUCUCUUUCCUCUCUUUCUCUCUCGCGAGGAGGCAACGCGAUGGACGUCGAGUACGACGUGAUCGUCCUGGGGACGGGCCUCAAGGAGUGCAUCCUCAGCGGCCUCCUCUCCGUCGACCGCCUCAAGGUGCUGCACAUGGACAGGAAUGACUAUUAUGGCGGAGACUGCACAUCACUCAAUCUCAAUCAGCUCUGGAAAAGAUUCAAGGGUGAAGAAGCGCUACCUGCGCACAUAGGGGCUAGCAGAGACUACAACGUUGAUAUGGUUCCAAAGUUUAUGAUGGCAAAUGGUGCUUUGGUCCGUGUACUUAUUCAUACUGGUGUCACCAAGUACAUGUCCUUCAAAGCUGUGGAUGGAAGCUAUGUUUUCAACAAGGGAAAGAUCCACAAGGUUCCUUCUACUGAUAUGGAAGCUCUGAAGUCUCCGCUGAUGGGAUUGUUUGAGAAGAGACGAGCAGGGAAGUUCUUCCUUUAUGUGCAAGAUUACAAGGAAAAUGACCCAAGUACCCAUAAGGGUUAUGACCUUACAAAAAUAACCGCUAAAGAACUUAUCUCAAAAUACGGUUUGGAUGAUAAUACAAUAGACUUCAUUGGUCAUGCAGUGGCUCUUCAUAGAGAUGAUAGCUACCUUGCAGAACCUGCAAUUGACACUGUAAAGCGGAUGAAGCUUUAUGCAGAAUCAGUGGCUCGUUUUCAAGGAGGUUCACCAUAUAUAUAUCCCUUGUAUGGCCUAGGAGAGCUGCCACAGGGUUUCGCACGACUAAGUGCUGUUUACGGGGGGACCUACAUGCUGAAUAAGCCAGAGUGCAAGGUCGAAUUUGACGAUGAAGGAAGAGUUUGUGGUGUUACAUCAGAAGGGGAAACUGCAAAAUGCAACAAGGUUGUCUGUGAUCCUUCCUACCUGCCUGACAAGGUUAAAACAGUUGGAAAAGUUUUCCGCGCAAUUGCUAUCAUGAGUCUUCCCAUCCCAAAUACUUCUGAAUCUCACUCAGUGCAGAUUAUAUUACCACAGAAGCAACUUGGCCGCAGAUCAGACAUGUAUGUUUUCUGUUGCUCCUACUCUCACAAUGUCGCAUCAAAGGGGAAGUUCAUUGCAUUUGUGUCGGCACAAGCAGAGAGUGAUAAUCCAGAGACAGAACUGAAGCCAGGGAUCGAUCUUCUUGGGCCAGUGGAUGAGUUAUUCAUCGACUCGUACGACAGAUAUGAACCUACUAAUGACUCAUCAUCAGACAAUUGUUUCAUCUCAACAAGUUAUGAUGCCACAACACACUUUGAGUCCACUGUUAUGGAUGUACUUUCCCUGUAUACAAAGAUCACCGGAAAGAUGGUUGAUCUCAGCGUGGAUCUAAGUGCUGCAAGUGCUGCUGAAGAUGAGCUCUGAUACUUAUCAGACUGCUAUAUGGUUUAGUGUGGAAAAAUAUAUGAUUAAAGCUUUGCUUUUGCAAUUCUUAUUAGGUUCAUUUUUAUAAAUUUCGUUAGCUAAGUUCUGAUGAUAGGAUUGGAUAAAUUUGAAGGUUAUAAUUUUUUUUGGGGGUUGAUAAGGCAGUGGACCGUGUUUAGCUUUUGAAGAAACUGACCUUUAUGUUGUCCAGUCUGUGCAAUACCAUGCCCAUUUAGUGACCCAAUGUUUGCAACUUGAACCCAUGACCCCACAAAUAUAGAUAGCUUGAGUGGUAGUUAACUGAUAUGUAUUGUUGAAGAGGGCUCAUUAAUAAGAUAAACUAAGGGUGUCUCUAGUAACGAGGAAAAAUAAAAGUUAGACAACUAACUAGUAAAUAGUCUACUAGUUUAAUCUAUUGAUCUUGCAAUCUAUUGUUUGUGGGACUACAUUAAUUUUAUACAUAGUGUUACAUUUAAGCUA